CUUCGGUUUCCGGUUCGGCAGCUAAAAAUAAUUUCGAGGGGUCAAUCAAAGUCUGGUAUAGCUUCGGUUUCCGGUUCGGCAACUAAAGCGCGUUUCGCCAAGCUAUAAAGGCACGAUUAGGCUGCAACUUUUGGCGCAUCUCCAGCGAUUCUAAAUAACAAACAUUCUCAACUUUCAGCUUCAUCCUGUUAUUGAGCCGUAAUCAUGGCAACUACAGAGGACAUCUUUCGUGCAUAUACCGUGGCCCAGGGCCAGAAUUACUCGGCGGUACGCCCUGGAUAUUCCCCAGAGCUCUUCAAAAUCAUCAUCAAUCAUCACACUUCUACCGGCGGCCAACUCCACACCGUUGUCGACGUCGGCUGCGGCCCUGGCCAGGCAAUUAAGGACUUGGCUCCCUUCUUCAAAAAUGCCAUCGGCCUGGACCCGUCGGAGGGCAUGAUUGACACCGCACGCGCUUCUGCCAAGUCGGCAAACCUGCCUAUACGUUUUGAAGUAUCGACUGCCGAAACCCUCGGUAUCGACUUGGAGCCGCCCGUCUCUGAUGGUAGCGUUGAUCUGGUCACCGCCGCCACCGCCGCCCACUGGUUCGACAUGGCGGGUUUCUGGAAAGCAGCAUCGCGCAUUCUCAAGCCUGGCGGCACCGUUGCCAUUUGGGCACGGUCUGGAGCGGCGAUAAAUGCUACAAAGACGCCGAACGGGGUCGCAAUAAAGGCCCUCGUAGAAGAAUUCUACAAUGGGCUACGACCAUGGUCAAGGGCAGGUAACUUGUUGAUUCGCGAUCUCUAUAUUGACCUACCGCUUCCUUGGACGCUUGAAGUUCCGGUAGUAGAGUUCGAUAAAGAGAGCUUCGUUCGCAAGGAGUGGAACAAGGACAAAACGGGUGUGGAAAACGACAUCGUUCGCACAGGAGGUCUAGUUACACCCGAGCAGUUUGAGAAGAUCAUGGGUACUGCUAGUCCAGUGACUCGAUGGAGGGAAGCCCACCCAGAUAAGGUCGGGACAGAGGAAGACAUAGUAAGGCAGCUGAGAAGGCAAAUAGAGAGCCUUCUACAUGAAGCUGGCAUUAAGCCUGGCGAGGAGACGCUAACUGGCGAAGUCGCAAUGGUCUUGCUGUUGGUAAAGAAGAAGCGUUAGUCUGAACGCCUCUCUUGAAAGUUUUUUAACGUCGCCAGCAUUACAUGAAGGUCAACCCUCUAUGUAGUUUAGUUACUGAAUAUACACAAUAUUCUCAUCUAUAGUAGCUCCGCUUCCACUAAACUCUCAUACCCACGUCCAUCUGGCCAAACAUUAACAAUCUUCAUACCGGCUUCACUAAUCACUUUAUUCCACACCGCCUCUGUUCUUUCCUUGCCAGAUAUUUGCAGCAUGAAACAAUCCAACCCGGUUUGGUGGAUGCUAGCUCCCACAGGCGGGAGAACUAUAUCAUUGAUCAACAGCUUUGAGUAGCCCGG